GGUCGAUUGAGUCAUCUGAAUCAUGUUGGAUGGAGUCGAGUCUUUUUUUGCUGCAAAAAAAGUCAUGUCCACUUCUUCCCAAAUCCCAAAUGCAUGACGACGACCUUCAACAAUCAAAAGUGUUGUCAAAACUUCCUCAUACCGCCAGUCCAUCAGAUUAGCUCUGGCUACCAGUAGCUAGCUAGUGCCCUCCUAGAUCUUAUCAGCUACAUACGUGAAAUCCAGGAGAUCCAUUUUUCUUUUAUUGGUCUGCUUAAUGGCAUCAACUGCCAUAAUUCUGUGAACUUUCUCGCCAGCUACCAUUAUUUGACACGACAAUAUAUAAUCGGCCGGCCCUUGACUACCAUACUGUAGUGGCUGUUCUUCUUAUCUCUUCAUCAUCAUCCAAAACAAAACAAUCAACUUAAACUACUUUUGUCACCAUGUCGAGUUCCCGAGGCAAACGCAUGAGUCUCCUGGACAAGAUGGAGCAUAUAGCCGAAUUGGCAGGUUUGGAAGAUUUGGUGGACGACGAAGACGAAGAAGAAGAGUUGGAUGACUCUGUGGUCGACGGCGUCAAACUCGCUGGCCCUGGCGGUGACAUUCCUCCAUUGGACGAAGAAGACGAAAACGAAGAAGGUUCGGAUGACGACGAUGACGACCUUGACGAAAUUGUCUACACGGCAACCGACCUGGGCUACGAAUGGCAAGGACCCGAUUUGGGGUACGGCGAUGAACUCGAUUAUGGCGCUCUGGGAUACGAAGACCAAAGCCAAGUGACGGGAGCAUCCGAUAGUGUCACCAACGAAAACUCUUCCCUCUCGUCUGAUCGAAUCAUGCGCCGGGUCUCGGGGAUUCGACAGUCCACGUCGGGACAAUCCUAUGCAUCCGCUCCAGAACACAGUCGCGAUGACGCCUUCUUGCCAGAAGGAGCAACUGCGGCGGUUGCCGGCGGUGGACCCGAACGCAGUGGACAGCAGAGACGAUCCACUUUUGGAGGACCCGAUGGAGGACUCUCACGACGACAAUCGUCACGGAGAGCCAUCAAUUUGGGAUCCAUUGCCGGAAUGAAUAGUCCCCUGGGUAUGGCAGGGCUCGGGGAUACGGGCAGCAGCAGCACUAGUAUCGGACUACAACAUGGUGGAAGUGGCAGUGUCUUGCAAAAAAUGAAAUCGAGGACCUUUGGAAGUCAUGCCAGAAGAUCGACAAACAACUUCAAAUCACGGCGGACGGGAAGUACCAUGUCCAAUCUAUCCACCGGAUCAGACUUGAGCUCCAUGCAUGUAGCAGCGUCAAAACUAGAAUCAGGACCCGAUAGUGUCUUUGCCGCGGCAUCGGUCAUACAACAAUCACAGGCGACCGCUGCGAAACGGGGACAUGUCCAAUUCAAUGUCGAUGAUCCCGUGCUGUGCAUGCUCACGCUGCUCAAUGUAACCAACCGAGGAGAUGACAAUGAAUCUUUUACGGUUGAACCUGUCAACAUACAUGGAUAUCCACCGGGAGAAGGAAAAACAGAAGAAGAAAGAACCGGACCCUACGUUUUUGUAUUGGCCACUGUCCAGAAAGUACAUUUUGAUGAAGAUGAACGCUAUUAUUUUGUGGUGCGAGCUGACAAUGGAACCGAACAACGGGCGGAUACAGGCUGGAUGGAACCACUGCGAAAUCCUGCUGGAGUCGAAGCGGCUCGACGAGCUGCCGAAAAAACUGGGCUGGCCAUGAAAGAAAUGGAAGAAGAACAACAAAACCAGGAUGGAAUAGGCCAAGUGGCGAUCGGUGCCGCCAUGGUCGUUUUUGCCUUGCCAUUACGGUGUGCCAAAAAGCUUGUACCAUGGUACAGACGAUCGAGGGCACAUGCCAAAGUCCAAAUCACACAUUUGCUAUACGGAGAUUCGAGCUAUUCAUGUAGGUUCCGAUGGACAGGAAUCAAUGUGCUGGUCAUUUGCAGCUUUGUGCUACUCUUUUUUGAGAAUGUAAAAUUGGCCUUCUUCCCGGCCGAAUGGGAUCAUGCCAUGGCUGUCAUUGGCUUUAUUGUGUGGUGUAUACUGGGUCUGGAACUAUUGUUUGAGUAUUUGAUUCGACCUCCAGACUACCCCGAUCUGAUCGAGUCGGACCAAGCCUAUGCACCGUCUACUGCCCGUCACAUCAAUCUGUUCCAUUUGGUUGGGGAAACUCUAGCAUUGCUGCUGUUCAUUCCCGAAUUAGACUGUCUCUUUGACGCGGGCGCAUGUGGGCAAAGGGUCAGAUUUUCUGGGCUAUGGGCGUCCGUAGUUGCAGUGGAUGGAUCGGACUCGUCGAGAGCAGCACUUGGCCGCCUGUGUCUUGGGCUUACAAGCCUUAGAUUAUUUGGGCUGGUGAGGCAUUGGAAACAGAUGUGGAUCAACAACACUUUUGCUGACGAUAAGAAAAACCCCAACCUGGUGCGAAGAUUUCUUUUGCUGGAGUACGAAGGCAAAGGGAAAGAUCCUGCAAAGGACGAUAACAACACCGAGAGGCCAGGGGGAGGCAACGUGAAUGAGGUGUCAACGGAAGAGGACCAACGGCUCAAGAAUGCUGCCACUAUUGGUACUGCUCUGAUGGUUGUCAACUCGCACAGAGCCCUGAUAGUCUUGGUUUUUAUUGUGACAGUUCUUCCUAUGAUCAUCUCUUUCGAAAGUCAAAAUUUUGUGAAUCAGGGACUCGUCGACCUUCUCCAUGCCAACAAUAUUGCCGCUUUCCAAAGUAGUGAUGACUGCGAUUACCUGAGAGAGUUUGUUUACUCAUGGCUACUCACAGCCGAAAAUAUCCAGCCUGACUCCAAUCUACUGAAUACAAACAUGUAUUUGCUGUACGCGAAAAUCACCCCUGCUCGAUGCGACUUCCAGGAUCCGAACGGCGUCAUCACCUUGUGUGACAGCAGCGCCGCGAUGCAGCUGGACACCUGUCGUCUGUGGCUGAACACAAUGAUGCUUGACAAGCAAGGUGCCCUGCCGCUGAAUAAUCUCACAGACUAUUUUGCCAAAGAUAUGGGCGUCAGAGUGGGUGGCAUCCGUGAAAUUAACCGUUGCGUAGCGAGUCCAACGAACUCGUCGGCCUGCGAGUUCGAAACGCACGUGAUUUUCAACGACAAUUUCACUGUCUCGUUCACAAACCUGGGAUUGUUCAUCCUGCUUGCAGCCCUUCUGAUAUUGACAAUCUUUGGUCUCACGGUGAUGAGAAAUGAUGCUGGUCGCCUCGUUUUGGACCCCCUUCGAAGAAUGUUGAAAAUUGUGGUUCGAUACGCCGAGAAUCCUCUAAUGGAAACAGGAGAUCUUAGAGGAAAGAAUGGCAAAUCUGAUGGAGAAAGUGGAGACGAACGCGACUCCGAAUCUCCCCAACUUGGAAACUACGAAACGGAACAGCUUAUCAAUGCCAUUGCCAAAAUUGCAGAUCUGCUUCGAAAAUGCUGGGGAGUUGCAGGAGCCGGAAUCAUUUCAACAAAUCUUGCUCGUACCAAGGAGGGAAAAACUGUUGUCUUCAACCCAACUGUUCCAGGAAAGAGGGUGUAUGCGCUAUUUGGCUUCGUGGCAAUCAACGGAUUUGACAAGCAACUCCAUGCCCUCGGUAGGGACGUAAUGAAACUUAUCAACGACGUUGCCAAGGUCGUACACGAUGAAGUCUACAGAUGGGCUCUGGGGGACAGUGGCCAAUGCAACAGAAAUCUUGGUGCAGCUUUCCUUAUGGUGUUUCGGAUUGGCGAUUUCAACGAAAUACACAACAAAAAGAAGCUUGCUCAGGAUGUGGUAUUCAACACACAUGGCCGAAGUAGCAACAGAAGGAGUGCAAAUGCACUGAGGAAAAGAAAGGCCUCCAAAGGGAAAAAGCGAGCAAGCCACCGAAACAUUGACAUGGGUGCCGAUGGCACACUGCAACUUGCUUCGUUGCCAGGAAUUCAAGCUUUCACUGACCGAGCUCUCUUGGGAAUGCUCAAGUCCUAUGCUGGAAUUCAUCGUGACAAGCGUCUCCUCAACUGGAAAAAGGACUGGAGGCUUGGUGCUGGAGUAGGAGCAUUCACUGUGAGUGUCAUUUAUGGCAUGGAUGCCGGCUGGGCUGUGGAAGGUGCCGUUGGCAGUGAGUACAAGAUUGAUGCCACCUAUCUUUCGCCGCAUGUUAACAUGGCAUCGAGAAUGAUGAGUGCAACAAAGCAGUAUGGUGUCACAAUCCUGCUCAGCCAGGCCGUAGAAGAACUGUUGUCUAGGCCAGCAAGGAGCAAGCUACGGCAUCUCGAUACAGUCUUCGUGAAGGGCAGUAGUGUUGCGCAGCGUAUCUUCACGUAUGACGCAAGACACGAAGGGGUGGAUUUCUUUCUGUUUGAACGUUCUCCUGAUAAGGCUGACCGCGAUGCGGAUGCGUACACCGACAAAGUUUGGGAGACGGAUCAGGAUCUUCGAUCGAUGCGACAGCAUGUGAAAGAUGAAUUCAUGGAGCGAUUUAGGGAAGGCGUCGACCAGUACAUAGACGGCAAAUGGAAAGACGCGAUCGAAUCACUUGCGACGGCUGACGACAUGAUGAUUCAAACCGUCAUCGAAGAGGGGUUCAUCGACUUCGACCCUGAGGAGUAUGGUGAAGAUGUCUUUGAUCGCUCCAUUCGAGACGAUGAGAUUGUACGAAUCCGGACAGAGUACGGCGACGGGGCGUGCAAAUGUCUGAUCAACUACAUGGAGCGACGGAACGGGAUACCACCAAAAGAUUGGGUCGGCGUCCGCAAACUAGACAGCAAAUAGAACACUACUGUAAGACGCCCUGCGCGUACGAAGGCACCAGCAGCAACUAGCACGUGUAUUCAUUGUACAUCGUACGGUAGGUAUCGUUGACAGCUUUUCAGAAGAAAAUGGUGCGGCCGUGCCGGCCCAAGCGAACUGGACAUUCCCAACGUCAAGACGGGAAGGAUACCGCAGGAACAGGUUUGCCAAAAGCUUCUUAAUCUUAUUCCUAGCCUAGCUAAAGCAGAAACAGAAGGGUGCUUGAGACAGCAAAAACCAGCCACUGAAGCGAGGCUCCAUGGUUGGCGCCGUCGGUGCUGGAUAGUCCUCCCCAGCAAGAGUCAGCGUCAGGCGUGGAAAAUGGCGUUGGACAAGUGAAGUCGGCAGCGCCGACACAAUGUGCCUUACACCCGCCGUCACAUUUGAACGAAAACUUCGAGUAGCCCUCGAAGUGUUCUGAAUUGGAACUAGUAUUGUACCAGUCGCAAAACUUGGCUGAUUGACAGACACUGCCAUCGGCUAAGUUUGCAUUAAAUGCACCAUCUUUUUUUAUCGCAACUGCUGCACAGCCCAGCCCUUGCCAUCGUAGACUUCAUGAGGACAAACCGCUAUCGUUUGGAUUGUGAAGUUGGCAUACUCCGCAGGUGGGGUAUAUAAUCCAUCCCAGAUAUCAAUGGACUGCCCAGAGUACUUGUCAGCAAACUUCUGGAUCUCCUCUGAGUUCUGAAUCACGCUCACGUCCACGAACGUCUUGUCACGAUGACAGAGGAAAAUGAAACAUCGAAGCAAUCAUUGGAUUCUUCCACGGCAAAAAGCAUGUCACUGUUAGUAGAAAACGAGGAUGUUUGGGUCAACCACAUCCUCCCUUUCAUGGGUAUUGGACUGUACGCCUUUGUUGGAGCUGUCAACAAGCAAUUGCAUCAUUACUAUCAGAAAUACUGCAAGACUGUAGAGCACCCUCCUGCAGUAUACAAAUCUUACAAUGCUGACCGAAGGCGCAUUCCCAAUUGGGUGUCUACCAAACGCCCAGCAACCAGUUUUGAUACAUUUUACAGAGCAGCAUUUCGCAAUGUUGCAUGUGCCAAAUACUGGUUCAAGCUUAGAAGAGAGACUUCAAACCAUUCCAAGCCACCCUCAAGUCAUGUUUGCAGGGAAAUUGCUGAAGUGGGGACUAUACCUGUUCUUCAUUGGGCACGCGAGGAAGGAUUUGAACAUUUGAACUGAAUGAAUCCGCUUUGCUGGUGCUGCUGAAUGUGGUCGUACUUAAGUGCUACAGUGGAUUAGGAAAUAUAGGUGGCAUUGGGAUAGUUGGACUUGCACUUCAGCAGCACAAGGUGGACACUUGGACACACUGAAAUGGGCUAGACGCAACGGUUCGACUGGAAUGGAGAGACCUGCUCUGGUGCUGCCUGGCAGUCACAUAGGGGUGCUGAUAUGGGGCCUAGAAAAUGGAUGCUAUUGUCAUUGGGGUACUAGAGUAUGUUCAUCCGCUGCUGCUGGCGGGCAUUUGGGGAUAUUAAUAUGGCUCCUUGAAAAUCGAUAUAUUUGGAAUGAGUUUACAUGUUCGUUAGCUGCUGGCGGCGGGCAUCUGGAAGUCCUCAUGUAUGCUCAUGCGCAUGGCUGUAAAUGGAAUGAAAACACUUGUGCCAAUGCUGCUAGGGCUGGAGAUUUGGAACUCUUACAAUGGGCCCGUGCAAAUGGAUGCCCUUGGAACGAGUUUACCUACCAUCGGGCAGUGAAACAUGGACACACAAGGUUGAACCAAUGCAACCUGGACCCUGUUUCUCUUAUGAUAGACUUCCCUUGGUCGGUGGGUCUUUCUUGUCAUUGCCUGCUUGGCGCUUGGCACUUGGCUAUCAUCCUUCUUUCUGGAGUCGAGUCCAUCACGUCGACCCACCAGUAUCAUAGCAUACCGUCGUACUGCGAUGUACUGUUAUACUGUCGUACCUGGUACCGGUACCUGGUACCUGGUACCGGUUUACGUGUAUGAUACGGCGCCACCAGGGUUGAAAUUAAUCCAAAGCAGAUCGUUCUCAGGG